AUGAAGUCCUGGAAGGUUGCACUACUACCCGCACUCGCCAAUACCCGGCUGACGGUGGCAUUGGAUAAUGGAGUUGGGUUGAAACCUCAUAUGGGUUGGAGCAGCUGGAAUGUCGCCCAAUGCAACGCAGCCUCAGCCAGGUAUGCCCUCGCAACGGCAGACAAGUUCAUUUCUCUUGGACUCAAGGACCUUGGGUAUGAAUACAUCAACAUCGACGACUGCUGGUCCACCAAGAGCCGUGACAGCUCUGGAAGGCUCGUACCCGACCCAGCCAAAUGGCCCAACGGCAUCAAAGCCGUCACCGACAGGAUCCACAGCAUGGGACUCAAGUUCGGCCUGUACGGCUGCGCUGGCGACAAGACGUGCGCUGGAUACCCAGGAAACGAGGGCCACGAAAGGGGUGAUGUUGACCAGUUGGUGAGUUGGGGAGUCGACUUCUGGAAGUACGACAACUGCUACACACCCUGCCGUCAAAAUCCUCGCCCUCAAACUUGUACCAGCCCGGCCGGCAGCACCAAGACUUGGUACGCGCCCAUGAGAGACGCCAUCCUCGGAGUUCAGAACACCAAAAAGCUGCAUUUCAACCUCUGCAACUGGGGCCGUGACGAAGUCUGGACUUGGGGUGCUAGCUACGGUCACUCAUGGAGGUACGUCGUAAUCGCCCACCAUCAACACCCCUUACCAAGGCUAACAGAUAGCAGAAUGAGCGUAGACAACUGGGGCGACUGGGCCAGUGUCGAGCGCAUCGGCAAUGCAGCCGCCGGGAUCUACCAGUACAGUGCUCCAGGCGGCUUCAACGACCUCGACAUGCUCUACCUUGGAUCCUCCAAGCUCAACACAAACCAGGAGAAAUUGCACUUUGGUCUCUGGGCCAUCACCAAGUCUCCUCUCGUACUGGGCUUGGAUCUCGAAAAGAUUUCCAACUCCACCCUGGACAUCAUCCGGAACAAGGGCUUGAUUGACAUCAACCAGGACUCUCUCGGCAAGGCGGCAACAACCUUUCGACCUCCCGGUGCGCCAGCACCAGUAAAUGGCAAAAUCUACCCGUAUUGGGCUGGGCCGCUGUCGGAUGGUGUGGUUGUUGGGCUUUGUGCUGGCACUUCGGCGGGAACCUACAGCGUCAACUUUAAGGAUGUCCCUGGCUUGGGUGGCUCUGGAUCGUAUGAGUGGAGGGAGAUGUAUACUGGCCAGACUGGGAAAGGGACGAGUGCUUCGUUCAAUAUCGGCCUGCACGAUAUGCGCGUCAUCAAGGUCAUGAAGGUUUAG